UUUCCCAAAAUGGCGGAGGGUAGCUCGGCCGCGCUGUACGCGCAGCAGCUCGGCUCCUUCCUCACGCUGGUCGUCAUCCAGUCCGUCGCGAUGCUCCUCUUCAAGGUGUGCCAGGUCAACGGCCAGUACACCUUCUCUCCGGCGUCGAGCGUCGCUCUGACAGAGCUGUGCAAGCUCGGGAUGGCCGCCACGCUGCACCAGCGCGAGCGCGCCUCAUCGGGCCGGCCCUACUUCGAGGCGCUCAGCCCGAAGAUCGUGCUGCACUACCUCGGCCUCGCGCUGCUCUACACGCUCAACAACACUCUCUCGUUCUGGGUGCUGGCGGUGGCGGAUCCGGGAACCAUGUCGCUGGGGAAGAGCGUCGCGCCCUACCUGUGCGCUCUGCUGCUCCGCCUCAGCGGGCAGGCCAUGUCCGGGCUGCAGUGGGUGUGCAUCGUCAUCCAGUGCUGCGCCAUUGCCAUCGUGCAGUACGACGUGUGCAAGGGCGGCGGCGUGCUUCCGGCCAAGGCGUACUACCUCCUCGCGCUCGCGGUGUCCAUCACGGCCGUCACCUCCGUGUGGAACCAGCUCAUUAUCAAGGGCUUCUCGGUGCCCGUCAACCUCCAAAACAUGAUCCUGUACACCUUCGGCUCCCUCAUCGCCGUGGUUCUGUACGUGCAGUCCUGCUUCGACAAGAAGCACCCCGAGACCAAGGGCUUCCUGGAAGGGUACACGCCGCUCGCGAUCGCGCUCGUCAUCUUCCAGGCCUUCCACGGGAUCGCGGUCGCCUUUGUGUACAAGUACGCCGACGCCAUCGUCAAGAACUUUGCGAACUCGUCCGUCAUGGCCAUCCUCGUCGUCGUCUCCGCCACCUUCUUCCAGCUCUCCACGAACGUGCACUCGUGGCUCGGCGUCGUCAUCGUCCUCACGACGACGUACUGCUACAUGAACAUCGCCCUCAAGAUUGCGGCACCGCCCCCGCCCGCCGAGACGGAGCGGCUGCUCGAGGCGGGAGAGGCGAAGGAGGAGACCAGGAGCGUAGGCGACGAGAGCGAAAUGGCCGGAAAGCCUUUAAAGGCAGCGGGCUGACGGGGGGGGGGGGGGGAUCGGAACGGGCUCAGCGCGGAACCAAAGAUAGGCCGGUCGCUCCCCC